GUUUGGCAAGGGGGCUACAAAUUCGGGGGCAACAUCCUAGGGCUAACAUCGUAAGCAGUAACAAUGAGAAAUCCAGUCUUGGAAUAAUUAAUGGCAAAACCACUUCCAUUCAAAAAUUCCCAUUCAUGGUUGCCAUACUCCUGGAAGAUGAAUUCUUUAACACAGGAGUUAUUCUCAACUCUCGCUGGAUACUGACUACUGCCUACACCGUUUCUUGUGCGAGGCUGCUCGCUGCAAAUGCCUCUUGGCGAAUGCUCGGCUUUGCCUCGGACUGUGGAUACCGGGGUUUUGCUCGCUAUGAGGCGUUCGCGUCGCACAAUGUGAGGUGUGAUACAAGAGAGCUAUCAUUCCGAAUUGGCAGCACCAAGUCUGGAAAUGGCGGCCAGAUCUUCACUGUAGACCAUUUUACAAUCCAUGAAAACUAUACGGGCAGAUGGGAUAACGACCUUGCGGUCGUCAAGCUGAACAAGCCCAUCAAGUUUGGGAAGCACGCAAAACCCUCACAUCAACAAGGAAACGCAAGGCAAGGUUGGGAACGCAUCAACCUUGGAACAGAAAGUCUCAAAGUGGGAACUAAAGGCAUGAUAGCAGGAUGGGGAGGGAGAUCAGAAUCCGAAGAGUCGUCGCCUGUCUUGAUGGCAACAAAAGUGACGGUUUCCGACUGGCAGAAAUGUAAAGAUAUCUACCCCGAUCACCUCACACCUAGACAGAUUUGUACCUACGACACAAAAACUGGACCUUGCAAUUUUGACUGGGGAGACCCGCUGGUGUACAAGGGGGCGUUGUACGGGCAAUUGGCUGGGAUCAGCGAUUGCCUCUCUAGUCCGGUCGUUUACACUGAUGUGCCUUCAUAUGUUGACUGGAUCAAAAGUGCCAUACAAGAGUGA